AUGGAAAUACGUCUAAAGCUGGCUAACUUCAGAGAAUACUCAAACUAUCACGUCGUCAAAGUUGAUCGUCGCACUUUGACGUGCACGGCAAUGACAACUGGAACUCGUCAAACUGUUACCACGACUGCGGCAUUUCAACCACCAGGCCUAACAAAUAAUUCUGGUCGUGCUGCCGGAGAUGCGGGUAGCAUCAGUCUAUCUGGAUGGAGUGAAGAUGCGGCAUCGCUGAAAACUCUAGAUCGCCUCAUUGGAGUUACUCGCUACCAGACAGGUACCGUAGGUAGUAGCAUUGGUGGUGGCGUAGGCCCAAGUUCUGCUGCUGUAGUUGGAUGUAUUCGCGAGAACGGGGAAUCGAUGAUGGCGUCCAGCGUGGAAACUGGCGCGGCGGGUGCCACCACUUCUCCCGGUGGAGAUUCAGAGUCAGCCGGGAUCACGAGGGACCCAAUCCAGAUGAAUGGCUAUCACGAUGCCCUUUCUAAUCCCGGAAUCGACUCUGUUAGUCAGCAUUUUCAGCACCAUUCCCGUGCACCACAUCUCGCUUCGGAUGCAAAUCAAAUACCGGCUCUUGAAACGGAUUCGUACUGCAACUUUUACGAGGGCAGCGGUGGUGGGAGCAGCACAGCUGGGCAGUCUGUGGGACAAGGAAUGCUAGGUUCAUUUUUGAACUACAAUCAUAUUGACGCUCAUCCGAGUUUUGGCCUGAAUGUCGAAGCAUCGACUUCACCGAACGCUUUGAUUCGUGGUCGUUCGGAUCAUAACAGCAAUCAUCACCACAAUAACAUCCCAUCGUCCCAACACAAUGCACUGAAUAGUGUCGAUCCACAUGGACAGGCGAACAUCAACGUUGUCACCGGUACAACGAACCUGGUCACCCAUCCCCCACUAUGCUCCUCGCUGAUCGGCGCACAAAGACAAAAUGAAUUGCCUGCAAGAUUAUCUUCCCUAUCCACUACCACGUACUCGACCAAUGAGCCCACAUUCCUACCCCGAAGCCUGAUCGCCGAGUUGAACUCACGUGAAUACACGACCCAAGGUGAAUGUGCGUGUGUGUGUGUGCGUUCUUUUGCUUGCCCUGGUGUUUCGUUAUUUUGCUUAGAGCUGCAUUUUUCACAUGAGGCUCAGGUCAGAAUGCAGUUGUUCGUCUGCAUCAAACAUCAUAAUGUGCUUCUUAAAUGA